AGUCUGAUCUUGUUCGCCAUCGCCGCCACAGCGCACAGCAUCGCGUCUGCCCCGCCUCGAAUUCGACCACCCGUUGGCUUCUCGUGAGAGCCCUGUCGUCUCGCCGCUCCCGCCGGGCUGGGAGGCGAGAAGUGGAGAGGCCUGGGGAGGAGUGCGGGGUUGGCGUGGGAGGCGGGGUGGCGCGAUGAAGAAGGCGCAGGAGAAGAAGGCGAAGCGCCACAUCUACAGCACGGGCGCCGCUGGCUGCGGAGGCAAGGCCGCGCCCACCAACGCCAAGAACACCGGGCAGCCGCUGCCGUGUCCGUUGUGCGAGCGCGUGUUCAAGCAGGACGGCCGCCUCAAGGACCACAUUAAGAGCCAGCACAGCCAAGCCGACGCUGACGCCGCCGCUGCCCCCGGAAAUGCUGCCACGGACAGACCCAGCGGCGGGGAGACGACAGGCGGUGGUAGCGGGCAGGGGGUAGGGGGAGGGGACGGGGAGAAGGGCGGGGGUGUGUAUUACGUGAAGACGCCCAAGGUGCUGCUGAACGAGUGGUGCCAGAAGAACAAACGACCCACGCCCAAAUACAAACACGUGGAGGCGCCAGGCGGGGGCUUCCAUGCGCGCGUGAUCAUGCCUGACGCGCGCGACCCCGCGCAGGACAGCAUCCUGUGGUGGCGCGGCACCCCCGCCGCGCCGUCGUCGCUGGACGCGCACAACCGCGCCGCCACCAUGGCGCUGCACCACGUCAUGGGGUCCACGCGGCUGGACCGCGUGCUGGGAGAGGCGUUCCGGCAGCAGUGGAAGGAGCUGGACCGAGAGGCGGACGACAGGCGGGAGCGGGAUAGGCGCCACGCGGAGGACAGGCAGAGGCGGGAGGAGCGCGAAAGAGCACAGCAGCAGCGGCAGCCGCAGCGAGCGAAUGUGUUCUUGAGUGACGAUAAGAGGCACCUCGUGCAUGCUCUGCUGUCCACCACCCCACCACCACCACCUCUCUCUGCCCUGCCUGCGCCGUUUGCCCCCACUGCUGCUACCACUCCCCAAGGCGGUCUGCCCCACGGCACGGCACAUGCAGCUGAUGCGUCUGCACCGCCACAGGCAGCACCACAAGGGGCAGCAGCAGCAGGCAGUAGUGGCAGUGGCAGUGCGAGCAGCCACCAGGCAGUGGCGCAUCAGCUGCUGGCAGCUGGCUUCCCGCUGGACUGGACACAGCAGGCCACCGCGCACUGCUCUGACUACGUGGCAGCGCGUGACUGGCUCAUCCUGCACAUGCCAGAGCACCUGCUCCCCGCACAGUUCGCCGCCUCCUCGUCCGCCGCUGCCGUGGCCGUGCUGCACGCCGCUGCCCCCUCCGCCCUGCCCUCGUCCUCCGCCCUGCACCUGGACCAGUGGCAGCCCAGCAUCUCCCCCCCCCUGCGCUGGCUCAUGGCGUGCGGCUACGACGGCCCCUCCGCCCUGCACGCGCUCUCCCUCACCGCCCAUGGGGGCGCUGAUGACCAGGUGGCGGCGCUGGCGUGGCUGCAGAAGCAAUUCCCCGUGGACGUGCAUGGCACAGAGGGCCCCGGGGGAGGGGAGGGCCAGGGGGAUGGGGAGUGGGGAGGCGGGGAGCAGCAGGGGGAGGGGGAGGUGGAGGAGGCGAGGGAGGAGGAGCGCAUGGUGCUGGAGGCCAUCUAUGGGCCGGACCUUACCGUGCGGCACGUGCAGGGGGCGCAUGGCAUGGCAGUAGUCAUGUCGGUGCGGAUCAAGCAGGAGGCGGGUGAUGGCCAUGAUGGGGAUGGCCAGGGCAGAGGGGAGGACAGCUCCCGCCCACGUGCUGCUGCGCUUCAUCUCGAGGUCAUUAUUCCCGUCACCAGCUCCUACCCCUUCUCCCUCCCCCUCCUCGCCUUCCGCCUCUCCUCCCCCACGCCCAUCCCCCUUCCCCCCUCGCUGCCACUGUCUCUGCGUGUGUGGUCCGCCUCGGCCCUCCACUACGCGUGCCACAGCCUGCCCCCUGGCAUGGGCGUGGUGCACUCCCUCGCCACGUGGGCCGCCGACCACGCCCUCCCCACCUUCCUCGCGCUGCUCGCCCCACGCCCUGCCUCGUCCGGCCCCUCGCCCCCAUCCAUGGCGCUCCCCCACCUCGCUGCCCUCUCCCUCGCCCCCUCCUCCUCCGCGUCCGCCUCGGCCCCCCUCCCAGCACCAGCAGUGCCAGCACCAGCACUCGCCACUGCUGCCAAUCCCACUGCUGUUGCUGCUGCUGUUGUUGGCAGUGGUGGCAGCGAGGUGCGGGCAGCAGGGGACGAUGCGUGGUGGCAGCAGGGCGCAGCGGGCGGCAAGGCAGGCAGGGGAGGGCGGCGGGCAAUGGGAGACGGCGAGGCGAGGGAGGAUUGGGAGCGUCUUAAGCGGCGGUGGGAGGAGAUGCAGGGGAGCAGGCAGCACGCAGGCAUGUUGCACACGCGAAGGGGCCUGCCUGUGGCGUCGUCGAGGGCGCAGGUGCUGGCAGCGCUGCAGCAGUCGUGGGUGGUGGUGGUCAGCGGCGCCACUGGCAGCGGCAAGAGCACGCAGGUGCCCCAGUACAUCCUGGAGGGCGCCCUGGAGCAGCCGGCCCCCACCUCGCCCUCUUCACCCGUGCCGUGCUGCUCCGUGGUGAUCACGCAGCCGCGCAGGAUAUCAGCAGUGGGGCUCGCGCACAGGGUGGCACAGGAGAGGGCAGAGACCGUCGGCGACACUGUGGGGUACGCCAUCCGCAUGGAGGCGCGCCGCUCACUGCGCACACGCCUGCUGUUCUGCACCACGGGGCUGCUGCUGCGGCGCCUGCUGGGCGACCCCCUGCUGGCGGGCGUGUCGCACGUGGUGGUGGACGAGGUGCACGAGCGCUCCCUUGACAGCGACCUGCUGCUGCUGCUGCUCAGAUUCGCUCUGCUGCAGAGGAACGUUGCACCGCAGCCACCCGGCCAGGAGAAAUUACCACUGCUGCGCAUUGUGCUCAUGUCCGCCACGGCCGACGCCCACUCCUUUGCCGACUACUUCCACCGCCUCCUCCUCUCCCACUCCCACCACUUCCCCCCCUCCCUCCUCUCGCCUCUCCAGCCCACCUCCUCCACCCCCUCCCCGCCCCUCUCUUCGCUCCUCGCCUCCCGCCUGCCGCGCCCAGCGCUGAUCUCUGUGCCGGGGCGCACGCACCCGGUGCGGCAGCUGUUCCUGGAAGACGCGCUGGCGCUCACCAACACCGCCAUUGGUCGCAACUCCAAGUACGCACGCAAGGGCGGCAGCAAGGGGGGCGUGGGGGGUACGGCGAGUGGGCAGGGCAUGGGGAAGGAGGCUGGGCGGGGAGUGGACGGGGGUGAGGGUGGAGAGGGGGAGAAGGCGCGGGAUAUGGACGGGGGUCAGGACGAGGAGGAGGAGGCAGGAGGGUGGGAGGCACUGGCAGACGAUGCAAGUGAUGGGAUCGGUAGCAGCAAUGGCAGCACCAGUAAACUGCUCAGUGCCAGCACUCUUGGAAUAGCACAGCAGAGCGUGGGAGCGCGUGGUGAGCCAGCGGGUGGGGGGGGAGGGGGGGCAGGAGGGGAUGGGCGAUACAGUGAGGCGGUGCUGCGGUCACUGGCAGUGGUGGAUGAGAGUGUGAUCAACUACGAGCUGGUGGAGGCGCUCAUUGCUGCCAUCAUGCGCGCCAACACCCCACAAGGUCACCACCACCACCAGCAACUUCUGCCCGCGCCGUCAGCAGCCUCCAGUGACAGCAGCAGCACCUUCAGCUGCGAUAGCAGCAGCAGCAGUGGCAGCAGCAGUGUGAGCUCGUUGUUGCUGGUGCCUGAGCCAGCAGAGGGCGGGGCGGGGGCAUCAGCGGGGGCGGUGAAGGCGCGGGGCGUCCUGGUGUUCCUUCCUGGCAUGGCGGAGAUCAAGCACAUGCAGCGCCACCUGGAGGGCAGCCGCCUGCUGCAGCAGGCGGUGGGGGGAGGGGGGGCGCGAGGGCGCGGUGGCAUGGUGGUGGUGCCGCUGCAUGGGUCGCUGGCACAGAAGGAGCAGCAGCGCGUGUUUGCACCGGUGCCUGAGGGCACUUGGAAGGUGGUGCUGUCCACCAACGUGGCUGAGACCAGCGUCACCAUCGACGACGUCGUGUGGGUGGUGGACAGUGGGCGGCAGCGGGAGGUGGUGCAUGACGUGGUGCGCGGCAUGGACGUCAUGGGCGACGCAUGGGUGUCGCACGCAGCAGCAGCGCAGCGCGCCGGCAGAGCAGGCCGCGUGCAGCCGGGGUGCUGCAUCCGCCUGUACUCGCGCUCCCUCUUCCACUCCCUGCCGCCGCACACGCCCCCAGAGAUGCUCCGUGUCUCACUCGAUUCGCUCUGCCUGCAGGUGAAGGCCAUGCUGCCAACUAUGCCAGUGGCUCAGUGCCUCUCCCUCGCCCUCACGCCGCCCCCUCCCUCCGCCAUCUCCUCCUCGCUCUCGUCCCUCGUGUCCCUGUCCGCGCUGCACAUGCCGUCGGAGGCCUUGUCCCCCCUCGGAGCGCACCUGGCGCGCCUGCCUUUGGACGUGCACGUGGGCAAGAUGCUGCUCUUCUCCGUGCUGCUGCGCUGCCUCGAUCCCGCCCUCUCCAUCGCUGCAGCAGCCGCGCACGCUCGCCCGCUCUUCCUCGCCUCGCCUGUGCACAGGGACGUGUCCUCGCAGGCCAAGGCACGGUUUGCCGGUGCCACUCGCAGCGACCAUGUCGCCGUGGCAGUGGCGUACCAGGGAUGGGCAGACGCCAGGGGUGGAGGGAGGGGUGGAGAAUGGGCGUACUGUGAGGCGAAUGGGUUGUCACGUGACACCCUGGUGGCCAUGGAGGGGCUCAGGCGAGACUUUGUGCUGUCGCUGGCGUCGCUAGGCUUCCUGCCUGCAAGCUAUGUGUCUGCGUGGAUGGACAAGGACAAGGGCACGAGGCACGCGCAUGUGGAGGGCGCAGGAGGCAGGGGUGGGGAGGGACAGCGAUGGAAUGUGUUCAACGAGAAUUCGCAGUCAUGGCGUGUGGUGAAAGGUGUCAUCUGUGCUGGCUUCUACCCCAACGUGGUGCGCGUGCAGAGGCCGGAGAAGCGGUUUGUGAAGACAGAGCAUGGGGCAGUGGAGCGGGAUGCGGCGGCACGGGCAGUGCGCUUCUACACCCGAGCAGAUGGCCGGGUGUUCUUGCAUCCAGGCAGUGUGAACUUCUCUCAGGGCACGUUUGAAAGCCCGUGGCUGGUGUUCAGUGAGAAGAUUCAGACGAGCAAGAUCUUCAUUCGAGAGUGCUCCAUGGCUCCAGCCUUUGCCUUGCUGUUGCUGGGUGGGCUGCUCAACGUCAAUGCAGAGAGGCGGCUCGUGGCUGUGGACAACUGGAUUCAAUUCGAGGCACCUGGCCGAAUUGGAAUACUGGUGCGAGAGAUGCGCAGUAGAGUUGAUGAGGUGUUGAGGGAUAAGAUGGCUAGACCAGACAUGGAUCUUGGCAGUCAUCCUGUGCUGGAGGGCAUGGCUGAACUACUAUCUUCAGAGGGGUUCUGAAGUUAGCAAGUAUAUGGAGGUAGGGGUGUAUACAAAUAAAUACCUGUUCUAUUUCUAAACAAUUUCAGGUUCAUACCAGUGCUUAUUUCGUUAGCACCAACUAAUCAGUGCUU